UGUGUAUGUGUUAACAUGUUGCAGUGUAAGUGUUAUAUAACAUGUUGUGUGUUAACAUGUGUAGAGUACAUAGAGCAGAUGCAGUCAGGAGAGGAGGAGUUUGAGGCUCUGGCCUCUCAGUUCAGCGACUGCAGCUCCGCACGCAACGGAGGAGACCUGGGACUGUUCGGCAGAGGUCAGAUGCAGAAGCCGUUUGAGGAUGCGUCCUUUGCUCUGAAGGUGGGAGACAUGAGUGGUCCGGUGUUCACCGAUUCUGGAGUUCACGUCAUCCUCCGCACGGGAUAGAGACAAGCUCUGACCCC